UUACUGCGGAGGAGAGAACAAGGGCAGCAAAUGAGCAGAAAAUGGAUGGUUGAACACAUUGUUAGUGAAAAAUUAAAUUUGUGUAGGGUUCAGUGACUGUAUUCAAUCAAUGCUAGAUAAGAUCAGCAAGUGAGAAUGUUACUAAAUUAGUCAUGCUAUAGUAGGAUAUCAUAUUAUAGUCAUGUCGGUUUUUGUUGGAGAUGCAAGGCCGAAGAGUCAUUUCGAAAUGGAAGCAUACUUUGAUCAUGACAUUGACCAUCUCGAUGAUUUAGACAUCGAUGAUGACGAAGAACACAACGCAAGGUCGCCAAGUGCCGCAGCUCCACCACCCGAAUUGUGGUAUCAUGGAAAACUUGAUCGUCUUGAGGCUGAAAAUAGAAUCAAUGAAGCAAAGAAACCAGGAUCUUAUCUAGUGAGAGAAAGUGAACGGAAACCAGGAAACUACUCCUUAGACUUUUUUGGGGUCACUGGACUUAGUCACUUCCGCAUUACUGCAAUUUGCGGUGAUUAUUAUAUUGGAGGAAGAAAAUUCUCAUCGCUUCAAGCACUCAUUGGAUAUUACACAACACUUGGGAGUUUGAUGAAAAAUGAAAAACUGGAACAUCCUGUGCCACCCCCAGAGCCAGUUCACAUUGCGUAUAGGGUGAGGGCAAAGCUUCCUUAUGAUGGUACUCCUGAUUCAGAUGAGCUCAGUUUUCAAAAGGGAGAAGUUUUUGUUGUGGAGAAUCUUAUCGACAGUGAUUGGCUAUGGGCAACAUCACUAAAAAGUGAAACAAGUGGACUUGUUCCAAAAGCACUGACUGAAGUUUUGGAUCCCAGUACAGAUCAGUAUGAAGGGCGUCCCUGGUUUCAAAAUGUCAGCAAGCAAGAGGCACAAUAUUUGCUGGAAACAUACGGCAAGGUUGGUUCUUUUGUGAUUCGGCCAAGUGUUGGUGGAGCUGGAGACUAUUCACUGUCGUUAAGAGAUCCAGAAGGGGUUGCAAGAUUCCUUAUCAAACGACAAGGAAAACUGUAUCAUUUUGGAGGAAGGAGUUUCCCAAGCAUGGAUGCAGUCAUUGAGAGGUACAAGAAAGAGUGCUUAGUUGAAGGACUUUCUUUAGGGGAGCCUCUAGAUUUGAGUGAAGUUGACUCAAAGUACGUUAGCAUAAAAGCGAAUGGAAAGUUUGAAGAUCAUGUCGAUGGCCCGCAUCUUCUGAGGUUGAACUCUAGAGGCUCGGAAAUCAUUCACAAAGAUAGGAUCAAAAGUGGUUAUAUGGUAAAGAAAGGAGCUAAAAAGUGGAAAAGAUUUUACUUUGCAUUGAAUGGCAGUGAGCAGCAUCUGUGUUACUUUGAGCACGUAAAGAGAACAAAGCCAAAGGGACUCAUCGAUUUGUCGUAUUCUGCAAUUUACCUAGUGCACCAAAGCUUAUUUGGCAGGCCUAACUGUUUUCAAAUUGUCGUGCGCGCGUUGAAUGAAACGACGACAUGCUAUCUGUGCACUGACACGAAUGACGAAGCUCGGGAAUGGAUGGAGGCGAUAUCGAGAUUUUGCGGUAAAGCAAAGAAAAAGCAGUUGAGCACCAACACAAGUCCAUCGAAAACAGUAAAAGAGCUACGAAGUCUGGAGCUGACGAUAUGUGAUGCACACAAACUGUCCACUGGAAAAACUUUGAAUCAGUAUUGUAUAGUAUCACUCAAUGAUGCCAUGACCUGUCGAACCAAACCCCAAGAGGGGCAAGCCCCUGUUUGGGCGGAGGAAUUCAAAUUCAACGAUCUUCCGAAUGACAUUACAUCAUUUACGGUUAGUUUGUACAACAGAAACAGAAGAGAUGUGGAAAUCGGCCGUGUCACCGUCCAAUUAGAGACAUUAAAAAAGGGGGAUAUUCUUGAUGAAUGGUACAAACUCAAUGCUGUGGCACACAAGCGAGAAAUAAAGGGAAGCGAAAUUGGUACCAUUCGAUUAAAAGCAAGAUAUACGCACGAGAUCAUAAUGCCUGUUGAGGAAUAUAGCCAACUUAAAGAGAUAUUGCUGACAAAUUUCCAAAUGAUAUCAGUUUUGGGUGACGUCAGUCGCGAUUUACCAGCACUGGCAACUUCAUUGUUGCGAAUAUUCAGGCAGGAGAAGAAGGAACUGCUGCUAAUUAAGACCGUUGCAACUAAAGAAAUGGAGCAAGAAGAAAAGAAAGAGACACUGUUUCGAGGGAAUACGUUGACAACAAAAUUGAUUGAUCAAUACAUGAAAAUGGUCGCCAUUCCAUAUUUACGGCGGACAAUUAAGGAUGUAAUUAUGAAAAUCAUGGAAUGUAAACAGUCUUGCGAACUCAAUCCUGUAAAACUGGAAAAGGGAACAAAUGUGGUUGAAAACUUGCAGCAGCUUCUCAAAUUUUUAGAGGAAGUAACGGAAUCGAUAUUCAAAUCGGCAGUCGAUUGUCCAAAAUCCCUUCGAUUUAUUUUUCAUUGUCUGCAAACGGCUGCUCACAAAGAGUGGCCUGAGGAGGAGUUCAUUCGAUGCAGAGUUGUUAGUGCAUUUCUCUUUCUGCGGUUGAUUUGUCCUGCAGUUCUCAAUCCUAAACUCUGUAAUCUUCUCGAUGAAACUCCGUCGCCCAUGGCUUCCAGAUCCUUGACACUAGUUGCCAUGUGUUUACAAAAACUAGCGAAUCUCACAGAAUUUGGCCAAAGGGAUCCGUAUCUCACGGCCGUUAAUCCAUUUCUGCAACGAUACAAACCAAGAAUGAUCCAGUUUUUAGAUGACAUUUCGGACGUGACGGAAUACUCAAGUGGUAGUGAAGGCUUACCAUCUGACCAGGCCAGGGAACUUGCAGCCAUCCAUGAUAUUUGUAUACAACAUGAAGAUAAAUUACAGCAAUUAUGCUCAGCGCAGCCGCACGCCCGCAUUCUGGUUGCAAUCACGGAAGGUAUCAAAAAGCAAAAAGAGAAAUACCUAAACGAUGCAGGUAUUAAAGCUUAGAUUAAAGAUGAAAGAAUAAUAAAAGGCUAUAGUAUGCAAGACAUGGGUUGAAUCAGAGGCAGGAUAGAUCUGGAAAGUACAUCGGAAAGAAGUUUGCUGUACCACAGGGCCAAAUCACUGUUUGUUUUUUAUUCGAAAACAAUGGCGUAACGGCGGGAAGUCACUUUGGUAUAAGGUCCCCACCCUUCUUACUAAGCAUAGACUAUGGCAAACUGCUCAACAAUUCCAAAGGGGCUGUUUGCAGCCUGCAAAGGGCUGCGAACAUGUAAUUCUUGGUUUUCCUAUAAACCAUUUUUCGAAAGCAGUAAGGCUUAAAAUUACUCAGUACGGAGUAAGCCGAAAAUUUCCAUAAUUGUCAUUUUUAUUAUGUUCAAUUUGUUGGGGAGAGGAGCAAGAAAGAAUUGUUAAAUGAGUGGGACAACCCCCGUCUUGGAGUCAAGGAGUAUGCGUAGUAAUGAUCAAGCUCAAUGCGCAUGCCCUUGACUUCAAAGCGGAGAGCUUCCUCACUAAUUGAAACAAUUUUCUUUUUCAUUUCCAAAACUGUAACGGAAUUUUUUGGCUUUUUAUUGGUAACGAUUGUAGCCAUGAACACGUUGUGAACAUAGAUAUCCAUAGGGCUUUACCAGCUACCGUUACGCCACUCCGUUCUUAAUACAAAAUUUUCAUUUGAUUAUUUGCAUUUUUUUAGUUUUUAAGCGCCGUGAUAUUUUCAAAUUGAUGAAAUAGUGUUACGUAUAAGUUUGUAAUGACGCUCAGUUUUAUGAGAUUUGUUUACUUCUGGAUUCAUUGUUUAAUUGGUCCUCUCUUUGUUGCGGUAUUUGAAGAAAUCUAACAGAAAAUACACAACUUCACUGCUGUUUCACCUUUUUAGGGUCGACCAGUUUAGAAAAAUGUUUUAAUAUCUUUAAAAAUGCAAGUUAACGUUUAAUAUGCUGAAAUGAAAGGCUCCACCACUUUAACUAAGUUCAAAUUUUCUAAACUGGUUGUCUAUUUGUUAUCUUUAAAUACUGCAUCACUUGUUACAAUUGUCGUUUAAAGUGGUUGGGAAACCCAGAUUGUUCUGCUAAUAAAUGCAUGUUUCCUUUUUACCUAUCUCAAGCGGACAUACCCCCCCCCCUUUCCCCCCUUAAACAACCUUGGGAAGGAAAAUAAUUAUUUCCUAAAAAAUCUUAUUCCCGGUUUCCGUUCCAGCCUACAUUUGUUGUCAUUUUCAAAUCGGAAUCCAACAUUUAUAAGAGUGGGGGAGGAGAGAUGUUGAGUAUGGAAGACGACGAGGUCGUUCCAACACUCUGGACUGGCUUUGUAGAAUCUCUAUAUAUUUUUUUUUAAUUUUUGUAUUUGAAGGCUAGGGGUUUGUUAUCAGUGAUAGGGAGGGACGUUGUGGAAGUGGCAUUGGUAAACUGGGACACCAUCGCCCAGGCAUUUACCCUUUCCAUUUGAAAAAAGGGUGGCGCUAAGAGGGAUACCUAAUUCGAAAUUAGGCCUCUUUUUAAGAGAAUCACAAUUGUUUGUCAGUAUGUUAUCUGGAAAUGCACCCACGUGAUUGGUGUUAAGAUUUUAUCAGUGUAAUAUUUGAUAUUUGUAAAGUAAUCGCCAUUUACAAAUGAAAAGAUGACUAGUUGACGUGAACAGGGAAUACCACGUGACCUGAUUCAUAGGAAGUAAACUUUGUUGCUAUCAUGUGACAGUUUAUAAAACCUUAAACAGUUCAUGAUUUGAAAAAGUGUAGUUCAGGCUGCGUGCCUAUUAAUUUUUUUUGCUAUAAUUUUUCUAUAUUCCCAUGUCCAUAUGUAGAUGUUUUCUGUUUCAUAAAUCGAUUUUUAAAGGGUGAUGGUAAUUCUUAUAAUGAUAAUUAUAUUUAGUUUAUGUGCGGGGAUAAAGCCAGUAGAUUUAUCGACCGUUGGCCGAUUGGGCCCUGGUAUAGUAAUUAUGCGUGCUUUGUUUACUGGCAGUUGACUGCUACGGUAGAUGGUCAUUUUACGGCCUAAGCAGUGAAAGCAAAAUACUAUUGGGUUAAUGUCUGCAUUAACAGAAGGGAUCGGGAGGCUGGCCGCGUAGAUUUUGCUUUUAAUGCAUAUUAAAUGUUAAAAGAACGUUUAGGGUAUCACCGAAAAUGUGGUUAUAACCAGUUUCAUUUUGUACUGUAAUAAAGAAUUAUUAAAGUUUAUAAACAUAAUCUAUAGCUGGAAACUUGAUGGCAUUAUCUUAUAUCCUUUUAGCACCUUGAGGAGAGGUGACUUUUCGCACCUGGGGGGAGGUGAAUUUUCGCACCUAGGGGGGAGGUGAUUGCAAAAGUAAAAUCCACUAUUUUUACCAGUAUUAAGAUGUGUUACUGACCAAGUAAUAAUUUUACCCUUAUCCCUGCAGCCUUCUUUGCCAGAUAAUAAAUAACAGUACCCUCCAACUUCCCAUUUAUCGAAAUGCAGGGUCCCAGUAUAUCACAUAAUCACAAUCCAGCUUUAGAAGUUUGUAGACAAAGUUGAAUGUGAUGCUCUGUUAAUAAAAUACGUGGAUCUAUUUGCCUUAGUUUCAAGUAUAGAAUUUGUAAUAUUGGAUAGAGAUGUUAUAUGAAAAAUUAUAUAUGUGAU